AUGAUUUUAUAGAAACUUGAUGCAAAUGACGUAGGAUCAGGCCUUGGCUCUGUUCGCAAAACAGUGGUAAUGUUUAAUGAUAUGCCAAUGAUAAGCUACGAUUAUGAGAAACCUGGAUGGCAUCAUGUUUACAAUGGAAUUUUAUCUCCAUUUGCUAACAAAUAUAAAGUCUAUAUUAAGACUGAGUUGAAAUCUAGAGCAUAGGAAAAGGAAAAAUAAGACUCAUAUCUAGUAACAUCAGAUUAAGAAAGAGCAGUACUUCAUUAAAAAGAAAAGUACCAAACUAGCAUUAUAAAGCCAAUAUCUACAGAUAAAAUAGAAGCUUUAAUAUUGAAUGGAAGAAAAAAGCGUCCUCAGAAGAAAAGUCCUGCUUCAGAUAUCAGUAAAAAAUCACUUAUUGCAAAGAAUAAGCACUUUACAUCUUUAGUUAAUUAGCCAAAAAGUGUUGAUAUAAAUAAGAUUUUUGAAGUUAACAAAAGAAAAUCUAGAAAAUAUAAGCUAAAUUAUGAUAAAUUCAUAAAAUGGUCAGAGGACAAUCUAGAGGCUUGCGGACGAAAAAUGCCAGAUAUAUCAUAAUCAAACUUUGAAAAAUUAUAUUAUAAUGAUCAUGAAAUAAUCAAGGAGUUAUUUUCACUUUAAUUGAGAGCUUUUAGAAGAAGAAGUUGCAUUUGUGAAUAUGCUUGCAAUAAUGUAGGCAAUAAGAAGUUACACAGAUUACUUAUUCAAGAGCUUUUAAUUGCUAAUUAGAUAAAACUAAUGCAGAUAAGAGGAUUGAUAGUUGAUGAUUCAGAUAAUAAAGGAGAAGAGCAUAGCAUGACAUAAUCUCAUGAGUUUAGUUCAGAGGGGGAAAGCGAUGACUCAGAUUCAGAUAUGGGAGUAAUUGAUGAAUAAACCAAUGAAUAAACAUCAUUAGGGAAUCUUUUAACCAGAUAUGUCUAAAUACAAGAAGUAGUCAACAAACAGAAUAAUUUCAAGUUAAAUUAGCCAACUAAAUCAUUUAAAGAUAACAUCAGUGUAACAACCUCAAAUUAAAUGAAGUAAGCGAAUUCUCAGAAAUGUGGGCUUUAGAUUGAAAUAAAUUAGUGUGCAUUUCCAAGUAGAAACACCUUUAAACUUAAAGUUGAAAAUACACUUUAGGAAACGAAAUUCUUGAUGCCUUCAAGGACAGGAUUCAAUGGCAUGAACCCUAACUCUUCUAAUUGUAAUUCUCCAGGUCUUAAUAGAAUGAAUUCAAAUAUAUAUAAGAAAAGAUCUCUACUUAAAAAGUAAAGAAAGCAAGAAUUACUUAGAAAGUAACUUGAAGAGGCUUUAAGACUAAAGAAAGAAAAACUUCUAUUGCAAUACAGACUAAAACUAAUAUAACAACAUAAACCAAAGACUUUGAGUUUCUAGCCCGUGAUAAAUUUCCUUUCUACUCAGUCCGAGUAAUAAAUGGGUGAAACUACUGAGAAAAGUGAUAGCAAUAAAAAUGAAGAUGAAUCUGAUUUUCAGAAAAUUAAGAUAAAGAUUAUACCAGAGCAAAGUUAAUCUUUAUCUUCAGUAGAUGAAAUCAAGGAUAAUCAGUCUGAUGAUAAUGUCAUUAAUAAUAACAGAUUUGAUGAUUAAGAUACAUUGCAUUAAUAAACGUAUAGACUUAAUGCAAAGCAAGUUUCAGGUAGGAAAUCGUUUGUCCUCCCAAGCAGGAAUUCUAAGAUAAGCAAACCUGAUUACGAAUGCACUGUUUAUAAAAUCAAGAAUCUAAGAGAUCAUCCAAAGAAUCAAAACAUGAGAUUAAGUCUAAGAGAUGUAAAUAAUUAAAAAUUCUUGACUAUUCAAGAAAUGCUUUGUGAUUAAUAGUAGUUGAAUAGCAGGAGAACAUCUGAAGUUAAUUAUCUUUAGUAAGGAGAUUAAAAAACUGUAUUAAAGUUACCUUUAUAAUCAUCAAGAUAGGAGAAGAGAAUUUCUCUAAAUAGCCUAAAUAAAAAUAAAGAAUUGCCAAAAUAGAGCUGUCCAUACUUACAACCUGUACUCAAUAAAGUCCUUUCAUUUGACAAAUUAGAGAAACCAUUUACUGCCCAACUAAAUUAUAGACUAGCAAAUGUAAAUUUACAAACUGCUUCAUCAAUUUCAACUUUUGUGAAUUAGAAAUAAUAGCCAGCUUAGCCGUAGUAGUAAUUAUUUAUGCACAAACGUACCUCAUAGAAUAAAAAAAGUGUACCAGCACUAACUUAAUUCUAAUUAAAUGAGAAUCACUUAGUGAAACAUUAGAAGAGUACAAAAAGAUUAAGUAUUAAGGAGACCUUAAAGAUGACUAAAUCUCUUUAAAAUUUUAAGCCUGCUCAAUAGCUUAUAGCUAGUACCAAAUAGUUAGACCCCUCAGAUCCAUUUUCACCAGUAUCUUCCAUUUUAUCUCAUAGAUCAAUUAAAAAUAGGGCUACAUUUGCUUAAUCUAUUUAAUUAAUGAGAAAUGAAAACUUUAAGCAAACCUAUAAAAACCUUAAUGAAUGA